UCAAACUCGUCUGAAAAUCUUCCCCCAACUUUUGGCAGAUUGUGGAGGUCCAGCUGUUUCAUAUGCUAAAUGUGUUGUAGUCCAAGAAAACUUGAAGCAGAAUGCAUGCCUUGAAGAAUUCAAUCAACUAAGAAAAUGCAUACACAAAUCGGCAAGAAAGAUAGGAACGCGCGUCUAGAAGCUCAGAAUGAAGCUGUAGAAAAUAGUGAUAGUGAAAACAGGAAAUAUAAAGCUUGUGCUGCUGGCUUAGCUGUCCGCCUCUUCCUAAUCCUGUGGGGGCACUUUCAAGACAAGUAUCUGUCAGUUAAGUAUACCGAUGUGGACUACAUAGUUUUUUCGGAUGCCUCUCGAUAUGUGACUCAAGGCCAAUCUCCUUAUCUUCGCCCUACCUAUCGCUAUACGCCGUUGCUGGCAUGGAUCCUGACACCUAACAUCUUCCUCCAUUCGGAUUUCGGCAAACUUUUGUUCUCAGUUAUCGAUUUGAUGAACGGACUUAUCAUAUACGGCAACGUGAGGUCGCGAUUCAGUUCACCAAUUGCGUUCAAAAGUCUUUGCCUCUGGUUAUUCAAUCCCAUCACACUGAUAGUUUCAACACGAGGGAAUGCUGAGUCACUGAUUGUUCUUACUGUACUCAUGACCCUCUACUUUCACGACCAGUGCUCUUACCUGGCGAGUGGCUUUUCACUUGGCCUGGCAGUACAUUUGAAAUUGUAUCCCAUCAUCUACUCCCUGGUUUUCUACACAAGCAUUUGCCCUUCUGUUACACUAUUCCAAAGUCUGAAACCUAACCUUGGUCGAGUGAAAUUAGUUGUCGGUUUUUGCCUCUCUAUCGUCAUGGCCAGCUCCGUCAGCUAUUAUUUUUACGGCUGGCCGUUCCUACACGAAACUUAUCUGUACCAUUUGACGAGACAAGACGUCCGACACAACUUUUCUCCUUAUUUCUACCUACUCUACCUUCAUGGUGGGCUUGACACUGCCACACUGGUCGCAUUAGCUUCGUUUCUACCACAGAUGCUUAUUGUGCUUGUCAUAUCGUGGCGUUAUCGUUCCAGAGCCGACAUUGCUUUAGGCCUCUUCGUUCUCACCUUUGGUUUUGUCACCUUUAACAAAGUGGUCACGUCACAGUAUUUUUUGUGGUACCUAAGUCUUCUGCCUCUCUGUCUUCCUGAGUUAAACUUCAGUAACACUAAACGUAUAGCCAUGUCUUCGGCAUGGUUGUUGAGUCAAGGAUUGUGGCUUCUGUGCGCGUAUAGACUCGAAUUCCUGGGCCACAAUGUCAUGCUACACGUUUGGAUGGCCAGCCUUCUCUUCUUUGUCGUCAACGUCUAUAUUAUGACCCAAGUCCUCCAAGUAAAGAGAAGACGGGGCGUAAAAAAACUAUUGUAAAGACACAUUCAGUUAGUAGCAUGUUAAGAAAUACACGUCUACAUCUAAGUUA